AUGCUCUUAAACAGAAGAAAACAUGGAUUGACAAAAAGGGUAGCGUUAGUGCUUCUCAUACUAGCACUGUGUUUUAUAAACAUAUCUCGCUUUGCCCGCUCCUUUGCGGUAAGCAGACGAUCUUUCGCGUUAAGUGCCAUCAGUGGGAAAAAUGACAAUGGGAGGAAGGCUCAAUUAAGAGAAAAUCGGAAGAUCCUGGUCGAAAUGGGGAAUUGUCUGAAGGAGCAAGAUGUAAAGAAGGCGCUAUCGUACCUGGACCAACUACUGGAAAUCUACGGAAGAGACAAUAAAUUAUCUAGGAACAUGAGUACCCUAUGUGGAAAUGUUCUGAACUUAUGUAGCAAGUACAACGACAUCAACAAUAUGAUCAAGGUUAUCGAAAAAAUGAAAAAGCAUAAGAUAGAGAUGCAGGAAAAUUCCUUCUUGGCUAUUUGCAAUUAUUAUAUCACGAACAAUUAUAUAUAUGAGUACCUACUGACGAUCAAUAAAAUGAUACAGAAGAAAAUUACCAUCAGGGAAAGGUUCUACAAAUAUAUUCUCGUUCACGUGUUGGACCUUCCGCUCGGUGGAGUGAACGGAGUAAGUAACUCUUCAAACAAAACGGAACAAGAUGUAUAUGAUUCCACGCACAUAAACAACAAAAGGUGUAAUCUGAUAAAAAAUAUCGAUUACAAGAAUUUCGAAAAACAUGUAGAAGAGUUAGAAAAAUAUAAGAUUCCACAUCUGAGGGAGGAAGACAAAAAGUACCUUCUAAAUAACUACCUCCUCAUUGAUAUUUUCAAACAUAUGAACGAUAAUAGGGUAAAGAUAAAACUCGUUUAUAUUUUGAAGCUCAUUCAUUACGUGUACGAAAAUGUGCAACACCUGAUUAGGGAGAGCGAGCACAGUUCUGGAUCGGCUAACCAACCACCUAACGAAUGGCCGAGCGGAUCAUCUCCUUCACAUGACACCAAGGCGAAGCGCCUGAUUGACAUUCUGACGGACCAACUGAGGGAUAUCCUGGAGUUAUACAAAAAGAACUACGAGUCGAUGAGCAUUAACAUUAAAAAGUAUGAGGACCAAGUGGAUGAAGAGGAAAAGCGAAGUGUCUUCUACCAAGUGAACAAGAUAAUAAAGAAGCUUCCCUUUAUAAAACUAACCGAAAACGUAAAAAAUACCUUCAACUGUAAAAACUGCGAAGAAAAUAUUAACACCUAUUUCCUCUCCCUCAAACAUACCAUCAUCGUAAUUGUCAAUAUAAUUCUCAUUACUCACCUCUUCAAUAGUAAAGAAAUUUUCAAAAUAAAGCAUUUUUUCUCCAUCCUGAAUGGGGCGGAUGCGCCACGCGACGACGGAAACGAUAAAGAUGCAAAUAGGAGAAGUGACAGUGGGAUUGAUGCAAGUGUCUCCAACCCCGAUGAUCAUCACAGCAAUGUAGCGAACGCGGGGGCUACACCUCGACGUGAAGACGAGACUCCCCUCCUCCAUGACACACGAAGCACAAAUAAACUGUUCGAUAGGGGCACAUACACGUGCCUCCUAGAUGGAGCGAACAUCGGCUAUAACAAGCAAAACGUGGAGAAUGGACGAUUCAGUUUUUUGCAAAUAGAAAUUCUCAAGGAAAUUAUAAAAAAGAGAAAUAAGGAAACUCCCCUUAUUAUUCUUCCAAAAAUAUAUCACUACAAAAAUUCAUUGAAACACCUGCAGAAGUGUGAAUCAGAAAAUGAGGGCCAACAAAUCAAUUCGAGCAUCUUCAUUCCAAACAAAACGAUUAAGGUGAAGAAGGGUAACCUGUUGACACGAAGGCAAAAUACCGACGAAGCGAGACAACGUAAUGAUGAAGAUGCACUGGAGAAUGAAGAAGAUUUACAUGGCACAGAUGAAUGCCAACGGCAAGGCGACGAAGGAGACGAUCGAGGAACCCACCCAUUAUCCUACAUCAGACGAAUGUUCAACAAACUGGAUCCCACAGAUGUAGAAAUUAUAAAAAAAUGGGAGAGUGAAAAAUGUCUGUACAUAUGCAACUACAACAUGUACGAUGAUUAUUACUAUAUUUUGGGCAGCUUGGCCAAGAGCAACAACCUCUUCAACAUAUGCACCUAUGUGGAUCGACUUGCCAAGCACUUCCACAAGUACCAAAAUUUAAAUCACAAUGUGAUAAUAGAUAACUACACAAAAUGUGGAGAGGAAGAGAUCUACAAUGGAAGGGAAAUCCUACAUGUCUACAACAACAUUAUUUUUGAUAGAAAUAAUAACAUAAUGGUCCUCGUAAGUAAUGAAAAUAUGAACAAAGAAAAAAAAUACAUUUCCAUGAAUGAGCAGUAUUAUAAUGACCAAAUAAAAAAAAGAAAAUAUUCCCACGCUAAUUUUUUCGAGCAAUACAAAAAUAAAUUAUGUUUUCUGGAUAAGGAUAGCGUACCGUACUCUGAUGAAAACGUAUUCAUGGAGACAUAUUUGUGUGAUUCUAAAGGGGAGAAUCUGCCCAUCGGCCUUGGCGAGGAGGAGGUCGUUUCGCAAGUUCGUUCGAACGUUGGUUCCGACAUCGGUUCCGACAUCGGUUCCGAUAUUGGUUCCGAUAUUGGUUCCGAUAUUUGUUCCGACAAAGAUACGCCCCAAGGGGAAAGAAAGCCUAAUAAGAAACAAGUCCACCCAGAAGAAGCAAGAACCACAUACCACAGUCCGAAAAAACAAGCAAACGAACAAGUGGAAGGAAAAAACUUCUACUAUAGCAACAUCUACGUGAAGUGCAUCAAAGACGUAAGGAGUGUUCAGAAACCGAUUUACAUUUAUACAAAUGAUAAAAUGAAGAACCACUACUUUAAUGAGUAUACAAAUUAUAUUUUAAAAAAAUGGAAAAAAAAAAGUUUCAUUUCCUUUUAUUUUAAGCAACCAAUAUUUAUAUCCGAUCUCUUAAGACAAUCAGAAUCCAACUCCAUAGAUUUGUCAAAAUUAAUAAGUACAUACAAGUUGCCUUUUGUAAAUUUAGAGAAUCCGAAGCUAUAUAUUGAUGAUAUUGUGUCUUACAGGGACAAAAGUAUUUAUCACAUUAAAAUUAAUACACCCAGUAAAACAUUUUUAUCAUACCAGAAUGAAAAUUUGCCCUUCUUGCAAAGCGGCAACAGCGUCGUUAGAUACCUCUGCAUCGACUUUUCGAAGGUGUACAGACGGGGGGCUUAA